CCGAACCGCCUGGCAACGGCGCUCCCGGCGAAGCGUCGCGGCUCCCGGCGCUGCAGGCUCCGGCUGAAAGAGCGGCGGGAGGGGGCGGGCGGGCGCGCUGCAGCUCUCCGAGGCGCCCCGCGCGUCCUCAGGUCCCGCGUCUUCCCGCGCCUCGGCGCCGCCCUAGCGCCCCUCUCUCUCCGGUGCCCCCCGCGGAAAGGACGCCGGGCUAUGGAGCAUCGCGGGCAGCGGGACCCCGAGCCUGGGUCAGGAUUGUGGGCAGAGAUCGUCAGGCCCCUCCCCGAAGCAGAAGAGCCUUUGCCUGCCCACCUGCAUCCCAGCCAGCGACACCUGCUUCUGGCCCAACCUGGCAGCACAGCUCAGGGGGAGGAGGUGCCCGGCGACCUGGCCCAAGCGGACGCCUACCUGGGGAUGAGCCGCUGCCUAUGCACACCAGGCUUCCUUGGCAGCUGUGGGUGCCCGGCAGCCACAGACCCGGCCAGGGGGGCUUUCUCCUACUGGGCUGGGGAGAACAGGGUGGCUCAUCAGCGCAAGACACUGAAUGGCCUGUUGCAGCAGCAACAUUGCUUGCGCCUGGCUCGCCACUACUACCGGCGCCUUAAAGCAGCUUCUGACUUUGUGUACCGCUUGAUGGAAGUCGAGUGUUGUUUCCUGACACCGGCCGGCCGGCAGAGCUCUGACGGGAGUCGCCUGCUGCGGGGACUCUGCCAGGAGCUGCCGGUGCACACUUCCCACUGGGACUGCCUGCAGUGCCACAUGCGCCAGGACCCCUGGCUGAGGCCUCUGCUGCUUCGGCAGCCUGAGGCGGUGCAGCGCAUGAAGGAGUCCCUCUGGCUGCUGGCUCUGCAGGCGCUCUGCCUGCUGGAGAGAUGCUUGCAGGCCCUGCUGCAGCACGGGGCCCCUGGCCCCUGCCCUCUGCUCUCGGAGGCCUUCCAGAGCCUGAGGAGCUACAACCAGGGGCUGAGCAAUUGGGGCCUGCAAGGGGCCAAGCUGGGGCCUGGGGCUGCAGGGCAACAGGGGCUGCAGGCCUUCUCUGUGGAGAGGGUGCUGGACAUCUUGGCUGCCGAAAGAGGACGCCUGGCCGGUGAGAGACUGUCUGUGCUGCUCCUGUGGCAGCCGGCAGGGACCGGCGAUGCGGGGCCCACAACUGCUGGCACUUCCGGGGCAGGCGAGGGCCUCCCUGCACACCUGCAGGCCUUGUGCCAAGAAGAGGAACAGGCGGUCACGGCGCUGCUGCCAGAACUGCUUGCGUCCACUGGCGGCCUGGGACAUCGCCUCCUGCACUGGCCCAAGUGGGACCAGCCCCAGGGAGCCCCUGAGGCAGCUCAGGACCCGGCCCCUGCCCCGCUGCCUAACUGGAAGUCUUCCGAUUGGCUGGACGCCUCCUUCGCCGAAGCGGCUGCCAUGCUCUGCGCUGAAUACCGACCCCUCUUCUGGAGAGCAGCGUCCUCCUCCUGGGCACGCCAGAUGGACCUCCGAGCUCACUGGGCUCAGCUUCAGAGGGGAGCUGGGGCUGCCCUGGGCCAGCGAGUGACCGUCGCCCUGGCGGAGGCUUGCCUGCCUGUGGAGGCUGCAGAGGAACUGAAGGACGUGGCGCUUUGCCUGCUCAGGCGUGAUGCCCUCUGGCAAUGGGACGCAGGGUUCUGCCACGCUCUGGGCACCAGCCUUGCAGACAGAUGCUUGCCCAAGCCCAGGACUGUGGCCUGCAGCCAGACAGGGCGGGUUUUGCAGAGCCUCUUCCUGCUCCUGGCCUUCAGCGUGAGAUGCCUGGAGAUCCGGCUCUUCCAGGGUGGCCCAGGGCAGCGCCUGGUCCCUGCCAGCCUCCACCUGCACCUGCUUUCCCUCGUGGUGGCUACCUGCCAUGCCUCUUCCUACUGGACCAUGAGCAAAGCCUACCAGUACUUGGCCUCCUGGUCCCUCGGCCAGUUCCUUCUUGUGACCCAGGGGGAUCUUCAGCUGCUGAAAACUGAAGCCAGGAAGAUGCUGGUGCUGGUGAGCAGGGCCUUCCCGGAGGACAGAGGGAAGCAGAGCCCUUUGGCCUCUCACCGGGAGCAGGAGCUGAGCCUGCAGGUCCACUUGGCAGCCACCGGCAUCCAACUUUUUGCAAGUGGUGUGCUGGAGUUGCUUUGUUUGGACUGCAGACGGGUCUCAGCGGAGGUCUUCAGACAGUCCAUGCCACUUGGCAAAUACUGGCGUCUCGCCCUCCAGGCAGAGCCGCCUUCUGCUGCCAGCGACUAUGCCCAGGCUGCAGCCCAAGCUGUCUUGGCUCCUGUCUUGCAAGGCAUCCGGUGGCUGUCCCAGGACUCCCAGGCCCUGGUCCUCAGCCAAAUCACGACUGCCUUCCUGGAAGUCUGGAUGGAGCACAUCCUGGCCCAGAAGAUCAAGUUCAGCCUCCAGGGAGCCCUCCAGCUAAAGCGGGACUUCGAUCUGGUGUGGGAAGCCCUGCAGCUGGAGGACUAUGAGCUGUCAGCAGAAGUGAAGCAGCUGGUUUCCUCCCUUCGGGUCUUCCAGCAAACAGACAACGCCAUCGCCUGCCUCCUCCAGCAGCCCAGCAAGGGCGCCUUGUCCUCCUGCAGCUGGGAUGCCCUGCAGAAAUGCUGCUCACGUGACGGGAUGCGGUCCUGGCAUGGCAGCCCAGGCAGCCUGAGCAACCUGGAGCACCUGGAAGGGCUGCCCGUCCGUGCUGGAGCUGGGCCAGAGAGCUGGUCAGCUGACUUGCGGAGCCGUGCCCCAGGAGGUGGCACAAGCUCUGAGACCUACCUGAGCCUGGCAGAGCAGGAGUGGUUGGCACUGCGGCUGCACGGGGCCCGCCGCUGGAGGAUGCCCACCCUCUCCUGCAUGAACCUCCCUUCGGAGCCUUGAGCAGCAGCCCUGGAUCCAGCUGGGCCCCGGCCCUGAUCUCUGUCCACCCUGUAUAAAACAGCGCUCCCUCCUUCGGGAUGUCUGCAUUGAUGGGCCUUCCAGCCCCCUUUCGUGGGGGCUGGAGGCAUUGGGAGGAGCCCAGUUCCACAGAGGCCUUUCUUGCCCGGGCAAGUUUCUGCAACGGCCCCCUGGCAAUUUGAAAUCCCUGAUUUCGGUGUAGGAGUAAAUCCAUAAGAAGCAGCCUCUUGCUUUGACUCGGAGCGAUUCCUCGUCCUGGCUGGGCAUUCUGCAGGGCGAGGGAGGCUCGGCUGGGCCAUAGCGAAGGAUGGGGACAACCAAUCUGGCUCCUGGGUCUUCUGCUUGAAAAAGCACGGUCUUUCAAGGUUAAGGGCUGGUCCAGCAGGACCCCUUCCCUUUGGGGGUCACCUGGGACCGGGGUGCUAGUAAACGCAAUUGGGGCAUUUCUUGGGGUGUUUGGGAGAGAAGGGGGGGGGAGAAGGCCUGCGCAGGUGAUGCAAAGGCCUGUCCACCCCCACUGCCUGCCCAGCUUGCCUUGCAGGAGACAAAUGCUACGGCCUUGGUCCCUGCUUUGGCUUCCCUGAGGCCAGGUUUGCUCUCCUCAGGCAGGACCUGAAGGUGCACCAUUUGUCCCCAACCCUCGAAAUGCUUUUCCUUUUUGACCCACCUGCCUCUGACCGUCCAACCUCUGGGCCUUAACAAAAGUUGUUGCCUCUCGGACACCCUAAAGCUCCUGGUGGUCGCUGCUCUUCCUGAAGCUCUUGGCCGCAGUUUGCCUCUACGCUGUCCCUGGGCUGCCAGAGGAAGGGAACCGAGCCGGGUGCCAGCCCAGGCAGGUGUCCCGAGUAUUAGGGGGACUUGGGGAAGCCCCUUCCUGGCUUAACGGCUUCAGAGGCUGGUUGCCACGGGUACAUUUGGAGGCCUCAGCCAGGGAGAAGCGGAUUAUUGAUUUCCACAUUCAUCUCAUGUGAAAGUCGAAAGGAUAAAAUCAAAGAAAUAAAAUAAAGGCUAUUAUAUACCUUGCA